AUGAGAAAUCCCGACCCGAGGGCCCUUAGGAGGAGAGUCGAACCAGGUCAGACUGGUGCCAGAAGGAGAGCACCAAAGGAUCCUAGAUUAGACCGGAUCCUUGAGGCCUUAGAGACCCUGGUAGGACAGCAAGCUCGUAAUCAAGCUGCUGCCGCCGGCACCGCCGCUGCCGCUAUGCCUGCACCUGCACCUGUACCUAUACCUGUAGAUAUUUCUUUAGCUGGGAAUGGAAAUGGGAAUCAACCCAUGCAUAAGUUGGUGGGGGAGUUAGAGAAAGUGUUCGCUUUGCUGAGAUGUUUGGACGAAGACAAGGUGACGCUGGCUACCUACCAGUUGCAAGAAAACGCCAGUACUUGGUGGGAAGCUACCCAAAGGAGGGUGUUCCCCGAUGACCAGUACGAGGCUAAGUUUGUGGAAUUGUCCAAAUAUGCGCCGAGGUUGGUUAAAGAUCGAGUUGAUAAGGCAAGGAGGUUUAGGGAUGGGCUGAAGCCCGAGAUUAAGGAUCAAGUGGUGCCUCUGAAUCUGAAGGAUUAUGAUGAGUUGUAUGAGAGGGCACAGUUGAUUGAGAGGAACUUGGUGGACAAGACAGCCGCGUCUUGA